CUGCGAAGGCUGGCGAAGAUAAAGAAAGACGAACUCGAGACGCUGAGGAAAGAGAAGGCCCGAACACCACGAGCUGGAGCAGCAACGUCGCAAGCAAUCGUGGGCGAUAACAGCCACGACACGAUACUUUUUGAACGACACGGUUCUCAAGAGCAGAAGGCAGCCGGUGCCAUUGGCGCCUCCACGUGGUUCCCGACGACAAUAGUGCAACUGGUGGAUGAGGAGCCUAGAGAUUGGAAGCCUCCGCCAAAGAUUUAUCUCUCGUGUUUUGGGGUUCGGGGCGUUCGACAAGCAGAACUGGUGGUUCGUGAAGACGACGCAUCCGGACGGCGGCGUGACGAUGGUAACUUAUUAUGA